CUUUUAAAAAAUAAAAUCAUUAUCCUAGCCAGUAUCCACGCAAAAAAGCGGUCAGACAAAGAGAGAAACGGGUAGACAGAGAGAGCAACAAUGGCAACGUUGGCCACUUUGGGAACUACUUCACUCCUUAGGUUUCAGAAAGCAGACCCCCUAAAGGCAAGCCCAUCUCCACAUCUUCUGGGUUCUCUCUCUUCUCAAGUCAGUGGCAUCAAAUUAUCCUGCAACCUCCCUGACGUGGCACCUCUCAAACCCAUAUCCACACCUUUCACUCCUCUCCAGCCUGUUGCUCGCAGAGUAUGCCCUUUCACUGGAAAGAAGGCAAACAAAGCUAACAAAGUAUCCUUCUCGAACCACAAGACAAAGAAAUUGCAGUUUGUCAAUCUCCAAUACAAGAAGGUUUGGUGGGAAGCUGGUAAACGCUAUGUAAAACUGCGCUUGUCGACCAAGGCGUUGAAGACCAUAGAGAAGAACGGACUGGAUGCUGUUGCUAAGAAAGCUGGAAUUGAUCUUCGCAAGGAAUGAUAAGGUAACCUAAUUUUUAAAUUCAGGUUGUAGUUUGAAAACUAUUUUCGAAGAAAACAAAAUCCUCGUUAAGCCUUUUGCUAAUUCUGAGUCUUUUUCCCUUUAUUUUGAUUUCUUCUUCUUUAAUGCAACUCCUUUUGGUUUAAAUGAGAAUAUCAUGAUUCUGAUUA